GAGCCCCGUUGAGCCCCGGCGCGGAGGCUGCGGGCCGGGGCAGCCGCGCUCAGACGGGAUUCCCCGGUCGGGGUCUGCAGGUGCUUGCCCAGGCCUUGCUCCGGUGCCGUGCGGCUGGAGGGAGAGCCGAACCCCAGCCCUGGAGCACCGCUGCUCCUUGCGCGUCUGCUGCGUGCCCACCUCCUCCUGUGCUGGCCUGGGGGAAGGGGAGUUCCUCCGUCCCUUCCUUCCUUGGGCUUCAAGAGAAAGAAGUUCCCAGGAACUGGGAAGGAGCUUCUCGCUUGUCAGCCCCAGGCACCUGCUGAGAGAUGCGCUCCAUUUCAGGCAGGGACACGAGCCAUCAAAAGUACAGAGCUAUUCUGAAGAAGGAGAAGAGGAAAAAAAAGCGGCAGGCACUUGCCAAACUAAGGGACUCAGAAGCUGCAGAAAAAGAUGAAUCUGUGUCUGAGGAGGAAGAGGAGGAAGUGGAAGAAGAGGAGGAAGAAGAGGAAGAAAAAAAACUUGAGGCAGAAAGACAAAAACUACAUGAGCAGUGGUUGCUGAGAGAAGAAAAGGCCCAAGAAGAGUUCAAGCUAAAGAAAGAAAAAGAAGAGGCUGCAAGAAAACGUCAAGAGGAAGAAGAGAGGAAGAUCAAAGAAGAAUGGGAAGAGCAGCAGAGAAAAGAGAGAGAAGUGGCACAGCAGAAGCAACAGGAGAAGAGAGAGAGAGAGGCAGCUGUGCAGAGGAUGCUGGAUCAAGCUGAAAGCCAGCUGGAGAAUGGUGUGAGUUGGCAUAACCCAGAGCCCCCAGAGAAUCUGGGAACAGAAAAGGAUAGAGCAAAUUGCCCAUUUUACAUUAAAACAGGUUCCUGCCGAUUUGGAGACAGGUGUUCUCGCAAGCAUAACUACCCCACAUCGAGCAAGACGCUGCUCGUGCGAGGGAUGUUCAUCACUUUUGGCAUGGAGCAGUGCCGGAGAGACGACUACGACACAGAUGCCAGUCUGGAGUACAGUGAUGAGGAGACCUACCAGCAGUUCCUGGAGUUCUACGAGGAUGUCCUCCCCGAGUUUCAGAAUGUGGGGAAGGUGGUUCAGUUCAAGGUCAGUUGCAACUAUGAGCCUCACCUGCGAGGAAAUGUGUACGUCCAGUACCAGUCGGAGAAGGACUGUCAGGCAGCUCUGGCUCUGUUCAGUGGACGAUGGUAUGCAGGCAGACAGCUUCACUGUGAAUUCUGUCCUGUGACGAGGUGGAAAACUGCCAUAUGUGGCUUAUUUGAAAGGCAGAAGUGUCCAAGAGGGAAACACUGCAACUUUCUUCACGUAUUCAAAAAUCCAAACAACGAGUUUUGGGAGGCCAACAGAGACAUACGCAUUUCUCCUGAACGGACUCAUCAGUUGUCUAAGAACUCUGAGAGGAGAAACCGAUCGAGCCAUCGCGACGACUACUACAGCCGGUCCAGGAGAAGGGGCAGCCCGAGCCCAGAGCAUUCCUACCGCAGAAAUGGGGAAUCCGAGAGGAAAAAGAGUCGCCGCAAAAACAAGAGGCGGCGCCGGUCGGGGAGGUCCAGGAGUCGAGAGAGGAGGAGGUCCCACAGCAGGGGCAGGAAGAGGAGAGGCCGCAGCCGGAGUCACAGUCGGACACGCAGCAGAAGCAGGAGCAGAAGCAGGAGCAGAAGCAGGAGCUCCUCUCGAUCCAGGAGCAGGGGUAAAAAGAGAUCAAGCAGCAGAGGAAAAAGUAGUGAAACUCCCAAAACAAAGUGAGAAUUACUUUCAGAAAUCCCUAAUUGGUAAAAAUAGAGCUGACAAAGAAAUCUUCCCAAUAGGGCACCAGAUAUAUAUGAAUUUCAAAUAAAGUGUUCUUGCACAUUAAAAUGUUUCUUCCUAAUAAAGGAACGUAGUUUACUGAGUGUGAAACUUGAGAAAAUGUAAAGUUUUAAGUUCUAUAGAAGGUGUGAAUGUGAAGUACUCUAGCUACUCUGUCCCUCUGAACUGCUGCAACACCUGGAUGCACACUGAGUGCAAAUAGAGAAGUGAAGCCUCUUUGGUAUAUGCUUAUUUCUGUUAUGUGUAUGUUAAGUGUUUACUGUUCCUGUAAGGAGUUAGUACAGAAUAGCCAGUGUGCAGUAAAUUCACACCCCAGCACACUGCAGAUCCAGGGCUGUGUAGAUGAUUGCCAUUUGUGUUUUUCAUCUGUUUAUCAGAAAUUGCUUUCUAGACAAAGAAAAUAUAAUCGUUUUAUGAGUUGGAGAAAAGGGAUCUCAAAGACAUCACUGUUUGAUUGUACAGUACUUGCCCAGUAGGAGCUUUUUGGUCAUGAGUGUUGGAUUUUUCUCGGCCCUGACUGAGCUGCUGAGCUGAUUGCUUGUAGGGAUUGCAGGAGACUAAAACCAAGCAGAAAGUGCACAGAGAAACAAUCAGUUUAUUCAGUACCUUAAUCCCCAAGUAAGACUGGAGACCAUGCAACUGUAAUCCUUGAGUGAGGUUAGAACUACUUUGCAUACCUCUUGGUUGCACACAGUUUGUAGGUGAAAACGACCUGCCUGACUUGUGCAGGAGGGGUGGAAAGUGUCCAUGGGGAACCAAAGAUGUGACUGUGAAGGCUCAGUCAAGAUGGCUGCAGAGCGGCUGAAGAAACUGAAGGGUUUAUACAUGAAAGACUAUUUCAUGGUUCUGGGAGAGCAGGACUUGACUUAGAGUCUUUUUAGGUUUAUUUUACAAAUAGUUUAAGACACCCUACUGCCUUGCUUUCCUACCACAAGGUGAAGAGUAGGGUACAUAAAAAUGAAAUUAUUGGGACAAAACCUCCUUGAAAUGAAAGCUACAUUAGUGAAGUACCUACAGUUAGAUAAAUCCUUACCAAUAUUUUUUCAGUUUUAUUUAAAAGAUUUGUGCUGUUAGAUGUACUGUAUUUCACAUGGCUUAUCUUCAUGUUUUAACUUGGGCAUCUCAGUGUCCUCAGACACCUAGAGAGAGCUUGUAGCAGCGAAGGUGCAGGUGCCCUAAUGGUCUGUAGAGAUACCUCCCUGUCUUUAGCCUCUCCAAAGAACUGGGCUCCUGCCUUCAGAGAACCACACCCCAUGAGUUAGAAGCCUAAAGCAGGCAUGAAGUGCUCCCAAAUAGGAAUUCAUUACAACUCCCAGCAAUGUAACAUAAAUUCCCUUAGAUAAUCUAGGUUUCCAACAGCAUUCCUCACAGCAAGAAUGUUUUUCUCCAGGAUAGUUAAGAUCAAGUGAACAUUGCUUCAGCAUAUGCUAUAUAUGUAUAUUUUUGCUUUUCUAAAUGCAUAGUGCACCUAGCAUGCUGAUUAUACAUUUUUCCUUCUUUUUUCAUGUGUAACUUGUCCAGUAUGGAGUAAUACAACAAAAGUGAUGUUCAGUUCAAACCCAACUUUCUUGACAUAUUGUCAUAAAUGUAGGCAGAGCUGUAGCUUAGUUAAUUUGAUUAAAUGUUUUUGUUAUUAACAGAUGUAGGAAUUGUAAUUAAUUAGCAUAAUUUUUGAAAUAAUAACUUUUUUAAAAGGCAUAUUUCAAAGGAUAGACAGCACGAAGUUUUUAAUUCCAUUUGAGAAAUUUGUUACUGCCAGUUUCUUACAAUGUACCUUUUUCUCACCACACCUUAGAGACAAAUUUUCCCUGAGGUUUCUAUUUUUUUAUAGAUGCUCAGUUGUCUCACUGGGUCACUUGCACUGCAUGUGGCAGACUGUUACAUCCUCCAUUCCCUGGGCUGCCCUGCUUCCCACAGCUCUGGUGGGAGAGCUGGCUUGUGCCCGUGUGGACACUCUGCACCCCGCGUCACGCGGGCAGAUGUCACGGGGCAUUAUCCAGCAAAAUCAGCUGUCCAGCUCAAAGAAUGUGGAGUGGGUGGUGGCAACCUGGGACCAGUCAGGUGAAAUAAGCAAACCAGGCCUCUAUGGGAUUAGAAACUAAGUGCCCAAUAACAACCAUGUGAGAAUUCCACAAGUGAUUAGGCUCCUUGUCCCCACAGUUUUGCAAUAGGAUUUGGGAAGCUGAGUGACUGUAUUUAAAAAAAAAUACAAAAAAAAAAAA